AUGGACCAGCUUGGGAGAUUCAUUCAAUCAGAUGCUAAAGGAAUAUUGAAAAAGAUACGGUUGUACUUAAUAAAGAAACUGCUGCCACAUUUGGACGACAGAAGGAAUUAUCAUCAGGAGUUUGCCUUAUCCACUUCAUUUCAUGGAGUGCAUAAUAUUGUUCAAACACAGAGCAAGACUCGCAAAGUAUUGUGGCUGUUCAUAGUCAUGGGCUGUUUUGCCACUGUUACAUGGCAAAUCUGCAGUCGCUUCAUCUACUACUUCACCUGGCCAACCACAACUGCAGUGGUAAUUCAGUAUGUGGAAAAUGUCCAAUUCCCUGCUGUGACUUUCUGCAACUUGAACAGGUUCCAAGUUCAUGCAGCAAGCAACCUCAAGAUAGUUUUUUUCAUUUGGAGCAUUGUGUCUGGAGUACUCCACAAAAUUUCUAUGGAAGACAAAUAUUCUCAAGAGCUCGAUGAUUUUCUUCUUGGGAACCAGAACUUCAGCAUCAAAGAGUUUACAAGGAAAAAUGGGUUUUAUCUGAACAGCAGCACAUUGCUAGAAUGUGACUUUUUUGGAAAGCCAUGUUACCCACAGGAUUUUGAACAUGUUUUCACUCAAUAUGGAAACUGCUUUACUUUUAAUCACAAUGAUCUUACAGCAAGAAGAGUGAGUUUGUCUGGAAGAGGCUUACAUUUGCUUUUUGAUGUCCAACAGGAACAAUUCACCGAUGAACCUUCUCUUGGUUAUACUGAUGCUGGUAUAACUUUUGAUAUCCAUUCACCCAAAGAACUUCCACGCUUUGAUGGUUUAGGUUUACUAACACCAGUUGGAAUGCAUGCACAGGUUUCAAUCCGCCAGCUAAAGUCAAUUAUCCAAGAAUACCCAUGGGGAGAGUGCAAGCCUGAUAAAAAGCUUCGGUACCACAGGAUUUAUAGUACUGAUGGAUGUUUGCAGGAAUGCAAAGCUCAGUAUAUACAGGAUUGGUGCGGCUGCUUGCCAUUCAUUCUUCCAGGAAAUGGAAUAGAAUGCGAUUUGCUGAAGUAUUACAAUUGUGUUUACCCAGCAGUCUAUGAUAUAGAGAUAAAAGGAUUAUGUACAGUAGGAACUCACAAUUCCACUUGCCCUGCCCCAUGUGAAGAUACAGAUUAUCCUACCACUGUCACCUAUUCAAAUUUUGGAGGAGAAAAUGCUAUAAAAUACUAUUCUACAAAACUGAAGAAAACCCCAGAAUACAUCAGGCAGAACCUCGUGAGUAUUGACAUUAAAUAUCGUGAUCUGAGCUACAAAAUAACUCAGCAGCGGAAGGCCUUGACUAUAUCUGAGUUGCUUGCUGAUGUAGGUGGCCAGCUUGGAUUGUUUUGUGGUGCCAGUAUGAUUACAAUCAUAGAACUGCUCGAGUAUAUUUUUACUAACUUCUGUUGGAUGUGCAUCUUUCUUCUAUUGAAAGCUCCUGAGAUGCCUCAAUGGAACAAUCCAUCCCAGAACCAACCAACACACAAGGAAAAAGAGAAAGGAAUACAAGAAUGUUAG